CCUCUACUGCAAUCAACAAUGGCAAAUGAACCAGUGAUUCUAAAUGUUUAUGACAUGUACUGGAUAAAUGAAUACACCUCCACCUUGGGGAUCGGUGUCUUCCACUCUGGCAUCGAGAUCUACGGCAGAGAGUUUGCCUAUGGAGGGCAUCCCUACCCUUUCAGUGGGAUUUUCGAGAUCACACCUGGCAGUGCUGUAGAACUUGGCGAGACCUUUAAAUUCAAAGAAUCCAUUGCCUUGGGCACCACAGACUUCACAGAAGAAGAUGUGGAUAAGAUUAUGGAAGAGCUGGGCAAGGAGUACAAAGGAAACGCAUACCACUUGAUGCACAAGAACUGUAAUCACUUCUCUGCUGCUCUGGCUGAGAUAUUAUGUGGGAAAGAGAUCCCCCGCUGGGUGAACCGCCUGGCUUACUUCAGCUCAUGCAUCCCCUUCCUCCAGAGCUGCCUCCCGAAGGAAUGGCUGACCCCAGCAGCCCUGCAGAGCCACAUCAGCCUCGGCCUUCACAAGGAGGAGCAAGGGGACACAACGGACGAGGAGUCCCCCUCCACCUCCACAGCCCCCUCAGCCUCAGGCACAUCGCGAACCUGUAGACAUACCCGGGUCUAA